AUUAAAUAAAAUCAUCCUGUUUGAUUAUAUACUAACUUCCAUUUUAUGUCCAAAUAUUUAUACAUAGCUAUAGACCUAAUGUCACUUCGUCACUUGGCUCAAAAGGCCGCCGUGUUUGAUGCUUUUCCCAAAGUAGAAGCUGACAAUCAGACACGUAGUGAAAAAGGUGGUUUAUUGACUUUGAUCUUGACUUGUUUUUUACUUUUCCUUACCUUUGGUGAAUACUCUGAAUACCGUAAAUUACAAACUGGUUAUCAGUUCAAAGUGGAUUCUACUAUUGAUCAAUCUUUAAAGAUCAAUAUGGAUUUUACUGUGGCUAUGCCUUGUCCUGUAUUGAUGGUUCAUGUAUAUGAUGUUUCUGGUCAACGUAUGCACUUGACAGAAGAAUUGAAAAUGGUACCAGCUGAAUUUUCAGUGGGAACGGCAACCAAAUAUAGAGCUGCAAAGGAUCCAAAAUAUAUCAAGGAAAUUAUCAAUGCUGCCAAAGGGAAACCAUAUGAUGAACAAGUCGCAAGAGAUAUGGGUGCAUGUCGUAUUUACGGUUCUAUUCAAGCAAACAAAGUGGCUGCUAAUUUACAUGUCACUGCAGCUGGUCAUGGAUAUCAUGGCAGUACACAUACAGACCAUUCAGUGCUGAAUUUUACACAUCGCAUAGAUGAAUUUUCCUUUGGUGAAUUCUAUCCCAAUUUAGUGAAUCCAUUAGACAAUAGCGUUGAAAUAUCUGAUUCACAUUUUGAGGUACUCCAAUAUCUGAUCUCAGUGGUACCAACAACGUAUUUUGAUGUGGAUGGUAACAUGGUAUUAACGAAUCAAUAUGCAGUAACGGAUUCACGAAAAGCAUAUGCAGAAGAAGAAGGACCCCGGGUGGUACCAGGUAUCUUUUUCAAGUAUGAUAUUGAACCUAUCUCAGUGGUGAUUCAUGAAUAUCAUUCAUCCUUUUUUGGCUUUUUGGUCCGAUUGUGUGGGAUCAUCGGGGGUUCCGUGGUCACGGUGGGCUUUAUUUAUCGAACAAUCAAGUUUUGUUGGACUGGUGGAAAGGAUGACGAUCCUCAUCUUUAUGCACCGGUGCAUAAUCUCAUGAGGCGGGUAUGAACUUGUUUGAAUCUAUUUAGGGCUAGUUUUUUAAUAGUAUUAUUACUGUUAAUGUUCCUCCUUUUUUUUUUUUAAUAAAAUCUAUAUUUCUUUUUU